GAAACCAAGCACGACUCUCGUGGCCGCGACCCAGCGAGCAAAUUUCUUUGCCGUUUUUGGAAAGAAGAGUUCGAGAGGUUGGAGAGAGCCCAAUCGAAACCCUAGGGUUUCUCUCAUCCUUCAUUCUCCUCCGGAUUCGCCUUCGGAGCACAUUGGUUUUUGUAUUCUUCCAGCUAUGAAAUCGGUGGAAGUGUCUAUGCAUCACAGCAAAUGUGAAGAAAAUAUUUGUCAAACUGAUUCAAUUUGUUUGCAUACUUUCUCGGAUUUGUCCCAUGUUCCGCCAGCAGCUUUUGUAUAUUUGUUGAAGGAGUGUUACAUUUGCGGGUCGCAUAAAGCAACUCAUAAAUUCCGAGUUCUUCAGCAGCAGGUUACGCAAGCCCUGUACAAUUCACCACAACCAGAUGCAUCCACUUUUGUAGCACAAUGCCUUUAUCUCUUACCUUCACUUGGGCCUCCAUAUACAGAGGGCUUCAGCCACCUGCUGCUAUCUUCUCUUAGGCGUGUAAAAACUUCAAAAUCAGUUUUAUCGGACUCAUCAGAUGCAAGACAUCAUGCAGUGCAGUUAUCUCUUGACAUUCUAGCCGGUUUUGUUCCCCAUGAAGAUCGCAUUCUUAUCAAGGUUCUAGAAAUUUAUGAUCUUGAGUUGAAAGAUUUUGGAGAAGCCAUAUGUGGUUUGGAGCAUGAUGGCAUGCUAGACAUAGCCAAGGCACACAUGGAACACUAUAUAUUUAACUUCAUAAAAGCAGAGUCUUACAUGACUGCUGUGACACUGCUGGAACGCUUUCAGAUCCACCUAUCCAGUGAAUCACUUCUUGUGAAAAUGAUGCAAAACAAUCAAUUUAAAGCAGCUGAAAAAUGGGCAACAUUCAUGGGAAAACCUAUGUUAUGUUUACUUGUUCAAACUUAUCUGGACAUGAAGAUGCUAAAGAAUGCUUAUAACAUGAUUACGAGGAAUAAUCUCAAGCAAGAGUUUCCAUAUGUAUAUCAUUUGUAUAAAGAAAGCUCACUUAAAAAAUUGGCUGAGAAAGGUUGUUGGGAUAUUGCAGAAUCAAGGACGAACAAAGAUAGGCAACUUCUGGAGUAUCUAAUUCUGUCUAUCAACUUGUGUUAG